AUGGAAGAUUACCUACUAUAUGAUUCCUUGGCCAGAGAUGGUUCGGGCAAUUCUAGAGGUACCCCGCGAGAGUAUCCUCCAGAUCUGAUGCAGAGAUUGCACAAUCCCUCCACAGCAGCUGCUCAGGAGGUUGUUGGGCCUGAUACUACAGCUUUUACUCCCAAUUCUUCACAGCAUCCUUUUUAUGCCAGCGCAUUUUAUGGGGAAGGGCCACCAGGCGCUCUGGGAGUUUCUGGGGGCUUCCAGGCUGAGAUUCCUAUCUCUACCGAUCACUCUGGACUUAUUCUGCAAGACUCAGGCUUUGUUGCAGCCACCGUCGAUCCGGAUCCUUUUUAUUCUUGGACAAACGAUGAACUGGCUCCCCUUAACAAAGAUGAAAUUAAGAACGCAUUUUCCCAGGUCCAGCAAAUCUUUGGGUUUCAAAGAGACUCUGCUCUAAACAUGUAUGAGCAUCUCAUGGUGCAAUUAGACUCAAGAUCAAGCAGGAUGUCAUCUCCACUGGCUUUGCUUUCACUUCAUGCAGAUUAUAUUGGCGGAGACAACUCUAACUACAAGAAAUGGUAUUUCUGUUGUCAGCAAAAGGAUGAUCACCAAUUAUUUAACAGUGUAGAUAUUAGAGAAAUUAAGAAGAAGUUGAAAGAGAUUGGUGAUACUUUGCAGACUGAUUUCUAUCCAAAAUCCAGGAUGGAUGUGAUCGAGUACCGUUGGAGAGAAAGAAUGAGGCUUCUUACCGCUGAAGAUAUGGCGAGACAGCUUGCUCUCUUCCUACUGAUUUGGGCUGAAGCAAAUAACCUUAGAUUUGCUCCAGAAUGCUUGUGUUUCAUUUUCCAAUGUGCUUUAGAUCACAUGAAUCACGCUCUUGUUGAUCCGACCAUAGGCAAGUUCCCAGAAAAGGAUUAUCUUACUCGGAUAAUCAAUCCUCUAUACAAUUUCUAUCGAGAUCAACAAUUCAAACUUGUUGAUGGUCACUAUACUAGAAAAGAUAAGGAUCAUCGUGAUAUCAUUGGCUAUGAUGAUAUUAACCAGCUUUUCUGGUACCAUAAGGGAUUAGAGAGAAUUUGUUUCGGUGAUCAAAAGAUUAAGCUAAUCUCUUUGCAUCGGGAGCAAAGAUAUAGUGAACUUGGUAAAGUGACCUGGAAAAAGGCAUUUUAUAAGACUUACAGGGAAAAACGGUCGUGGCUUCAUUUAGUUACAAAUUUCUCUAGAGUCUGGAUCAUUCACCUUACUGCUUUUUGGUACUUUUCCAGUUUCAACUCUCCAACUUUGUACACUUUUGAAUACCAACAGCUGAUUAACAACCAACCGAAAUUGGAGGCCACCUUUUCUGUCACUGCUUUAGGUGGCACUGUUGGGUGUUUAAUUCAGAUUUUGGCAAUCAUUUGCGAAUGGUCUUAUGUUCCGCUUAAGUGGCCAGGAAGUCGGAAACUCUUCAAAAGAUUAAUCAUCAUGCUCUUGAUCACUGCAAUCAAUUUUACUCCUUCAGUAUUUGUUCUUUGGAUUGUUCCGUUAGAUGCCACUUCUGAACUAGGCUUAGCUCUAUCUAUCACCCAGUUCUGCAUAUCCAUCCUCACUACGAUCUGGUUUGCCUUUCAACCUUCUGCUUCUUUAUUCGAGUUUUUCACCAAUUCUAAGAAUAUUGGGUAUGAUCCAAUGAAGACGUUUACUGCGUCUUAUCCUAAAUUGGAUUCUAGCAGCAGAAUAUUAUCCAUCUUGCUUUGGAUCUUGGUAUUUUCUGCUAAGUUCAUUGAAUCGUACUUCUUUUUGACUCUCUCUUUGAGAGAUCCAAUUCGAAAUCUACAUACGAUGGACUUAAGUCGUUGUUACGGCGAAAGCAUUUUAGGUGACUAUGUGUGCCGUCAUCAAGCGAUUUCGACCUUGGCAUUGAUGUAUCUUGCAGAUAUUGUUUUGUUCUUUUUAGAUACGUAUUUGUGGUACAUCAUCUGGAACUGCAUUCUGUCACUUUCUCUUUCCUUUUCUAGUGGAAUUUCUAUUCUCUCUCCGUGGAGAAAUGUAUUCACCAGGCUUCCCCAAAGAAUCUACUCAAAGCUACUCUCUACUGGCGACAUGAAGGUUAAAUACAACCCGGAUAUGCUUAUAUCCCAAAUUUGGAAUGCAAUCGUUAUUUCCCUGUAUAGAGAACACCUUUUAAGCUCUGAUCAUGUCCACCGCUUGAUAAUAUGA